AUGCAACUCACUCGUUUCCUCCUCGCGGUCUCCGGCGUGACCGGGGCCGUUGCCCUCCGUGAUCAUCCCCUGAUGCGCCGGGCGGACGACAAUGCACCGGAGACCGCCGCGAACAAGACGGCGGUUGAGCCGAAGCGCUUCAUCGUCGAAUUCAACGAGGGAACCGAUGCCUCUGCUAUUGCCGAGGAGAUCGCCAAUCAGCGCGGUGCCAAGGUGGUCCGGGUAUUCAAGAGCGACAUCUUCUCUGGCGCGGCUGUUGAGACCGAUGUCGAAAACAUCGACUCGCUCCAAGCGCUCGAGCCUAUUAAGCAAGCCUGGCAGGGACGAAAGUAUAAGCUUGCGCCGAGCACGCCUCUGGCUUCGUUCAGUGAAAACGCGACGGCUAUUGACUACGACAUCCACCACAUGACCGGCGUCGACAAGCUGCAUGCUGCUGGUGUUUUGGGCAAAGGCGCCAAGGUUGCAGUCGUCGAUACCGGCAUUUGGUACACCCAUGAGGCUCUUGGUGGUGGCUUCGGCGAUGGCUUCAAGGUUGCGGGAGGGUAUGACUUUGUCGGUGAUGGAUCGUGGCCGAAUGAGGGUGAGGUCAAGAAUCCAGACGCCGAUCCGUUGGACCAGCAAGGCCACGGAACCCACGUCGCUGGUAUCAUAGCCGGCAACAGCAGCAUUAUCACCGGAGUUGCUCCCGAAGCCACGCUGUAUGCGUACAAGGUCUUUGGGUCCGUCGACGGCACCGAUGAGGACACCCUCAUCGAGGCUUUCCUCGCGGCGUAUGAUGCUGGUGUCGACAUCAUAACUUCGUCAAUCGGUGGUAUUUCUGGAUUUCCAGAUGGAGCUUGGGCUGUUUUGAGCAGUCGACUGGUUGAUCAGGGUGUCGUUGUCACAAUUUCUGCGGGCAACGACGGUCAGGCGGGUUCCUUUGCUGCCAGCAGCGGUUCGUCCGGUGAACACGUUGUUGCUGUGGCGUCUGUCGAGGCCGACGUGCUCGCGUCAUCAUCGUUCAGGGGCGUGCUCAACUUGGAUGGGCAGUCUAACGAGACUCGUGUGGCGUACAGAGCCAUCGAGGACUGGUACCCGUCUGAGGUCCAGGAUUGGCCCAUCGUCCCCCUCAGCCUCAACACGAGCACGGCUGACGAGGCUUGCAAUCCUUUGCCCGCUGGCACUCCGGAUCUGACCGGCGUUGUUGCUCUUGUCCGCCGUGGAGGCUGCAAUUUUGAUCAGAAGCAGCGCAACCUUGCCCCGUUCAAUGCCUCUCAUAUCCUUUUUUACAGCAAUGAGAUGCCAUUGGUGAGACCCACCACUGAAGAUACCAGCAGUCGCAUUGCCAUGAUCGAGGCUGGUGUAGGAGCGGCCAUCAUCGGAACCAUCAGAGCCGGCGGAAACGUUACUGCCGACUUCACCGAGAGGCCCAUCUUCCAUAUCGUCGGGGUCAAGAACGAGGAGAACGGCGGCGUUGCCAGCCAGUUCACAUCCAUCGGUGCCACCAAUGACCUCUUCAUCAAGUCCGACGUCGCGGCUCCGGGUGGUCAGAUCCUAAGCUCUUACAUUGGCGGCGGCUACUCGAUUCUCAGCGGAACAUCAAUGUCGUGUCCAUAUGUUGCAGGAAUCGCCGCCCUGUACGUCAGCAAAUUCGGCGGUCGAAGCACUCAUGGGCCUGAGUGGGCUAAGAGUCUUGCCAUGCGACUCAUCGCAUCCGGCGAGGCCAUUAAGUGGGACGACGGCCAGCUCGAGAACAAUGAGUAUCCGUUCCUUGCACCUGUUGCCCAAGUUGGUACUGGCCUCAUCAACGCCAGCAAGGUUCUGGAGUACGAGACCACCUUGUCCUUCGCCAAGUUCGCACUUAACGACACGCACCACUUUAGCCGGUACCACACCGUCGACAUCACCAACUCGGGCUCCGAGCCGGUAACGUACACCUUCGAGCAGCAGGAGUUUGGCGGCAUGAACACCGUCAACCUGGACCCCAAUGUCUGGGGAACACCCAAGAUUGCGUGGUUCGAGGAAGUCAUGGUCGCGCCACAGAAGAUGACUGCUCAGAUUUCGUUCCCAGGUGCUGUUACUGUCCAGCCGGGCGAGACCAAAACGGCCCAGUUCAACUUCAAAUAUCCCGAGAACCAGGACCUUGACCCAGCCAAGCUGCCUUUGUACAGCGGCAAGGUCCUAAUCAAGGGUAGCAACGGCGAGACUCUCGGUGUACCGUACCUGGGCCUGGCUGCCGACCUCCACAAGGACGUUGGCAUCAUGUUCCAGUACCCGGUCGGCUGGCCGAAGAUUACGUCCACCCGCAGUGACAUUCCCAUCGCCGAGAAGUCGAACUUCACAUUCAACCUUGAUCCCCAGAUUCAGGAUUUCCCCAACCUCUAUGCGCGCAUUCAGUACGCGACGCGUGAGCUGCGCUGGGACAUAUUCGAGGAGUCAUGGACGGAGCGAGACUGGAAGUAUCCCCCGGUUGUUGGCGAGGCGGGGUUCAUCGGGGCAGCCACGAGCUGGUCCAAGGCGUCUGGCAAGACCUUCAUUGACUCUAGUGUUGAUGAUCCCAAGGACGUCAUCUCACUGCCCAUGCGUGAUGUGCCGAGAGAUAUCGUGGGCUUGUAUGGCGUCGAGCUCUGGUGGUUGGGACAGCUGGCGAACGGCACCCAGAUUGCCCCAGGAAAGUACAAGAUGCGGUUUGCGGCUCUUUUCCCCUUUGGCAACCCUGAGGCUUCGGAUAAUUGGGAUGUUUUCGAGACGCCCGCUUUCGAGGUUCUGCCUUUGGAGGGUUGA